AUGGCAAGCAUUUACGCGUGGUACAGGGACCUCAUGGACAACAAGAGCGACCCCCGAGUGAAGGAUUGGCCUAUGGUGUCUUCUCCUUGGCCAACUUUGGCGGCUUGCUUGCUUUAUGCGUUUUGUGCGAAGAAAUUGGGACCAGCACUAAUGGCUAACCGCAAACCCUUCGAACUCAGAGGUGUGCUCAUAGUUUACAAUUUGGCCCAGACCGUAUUCAGCGCAUGGAUCUUCUACGAGUAUCUGAUGAGCGGAUGGUUGGGACACUACGAUUUCAGGUGUCAACUUGUCGACUACUCGCGGAGCCCACGGGCAAUGAGGAUGGCGAAUACAUGCUGGUGGUACUACUUCAGCAAGUUCACGGAGUUCUUCGACACGCUGUUCUUUGUGCUCAGAAAGAAGAACGAGCACGUGUCCACUCUGCAUGUCAUACACCACGGGAUCAUGCCAAUGUCAGUUUGGUUCGGGCUUAAGUUCGCUCCCGGUGGCCAUAGCACAUUCUUCGCCUUGCUGAACACUUUCGUCCACAUAGUGAUGUACUUUUACUACAUGGUGUCCGCCAUGGGCCCUAAGUACCAGAAAUACAUUUGGUGGAAGAAGUAUCUCACCGCUUUUCAAAUGGUUCAGUUCGUGCUAAUCUUCAGCCACCAGCUUCAAGUGCUGUUCCGGCCAUCGUGCCAGUAUCCUCGCCCCUUCGUCUACUGGAUUGCGAUGCACGGCUUCUUGUUCCUUUUCCUCUUCAGUGAUUUCUACAAGGCGCGCUACAACAAAUCCGAAAGAAAAACAAAGCUUACGAAUGGACUUUGUAUGGUGGUCAUGAACGAAAAUGGAAGUCCGUUGAACGGCAAAAACGGGUACAAACAAGAGGCGGUAUCAGAAGUUCCCAACUCGUACGCCUCCUCAGCUGCGGACGCGUUCGUUCGUCGAAGACCAGUGUCAUAG